AUGACUGUCAUUCAAAGUAACGGUGUGCAUAAGACUAUGCCUUCUACGCUGCCCCUCGUUCAAAAGCUGUCCAAGGACCAUGACCUUGUCUUGAAGACCUUCCGUCUGUUGAUCGCAGAUCUAUGUCAACAAUUUGGCGGUGGUCAUCCAGGUGGUGCCAUUGGUAUGGCGGCCAUCGGAAUUUCUCUAUGGAAAUACAUUAUGCGCUACGCCCCACAUACCCCGGACUUCUUUAAUCGCGAUCGAUUUGUUCUUUCCAAUGGACAUACUUGCCUUUUCCAAUACGCCUUCUUGCACCUGACUGGGUACAAGGCUAUGACCUUCGACCAACUCAAAUCCUACCACUCAGAUCGCGUCGAUGCACUCUGUCCCGGACACCCCGAAAUUGAACAUGAAGGAAUCGAGGUGACUACUGGUCCUUUGGGCCAAGGAAUCGCCAAUGCAGUUGGUCUUGCUAUGGCGACAAAGAAUCUAUCAGCAACAUAUAAUCGCCCGGGAUAUGAUGUAGUUUCUAAUCACACUUGGUGUAUGAUUGGCGAUGCCUGUUUGCAGGAGGGUGUUUCUUUGGAGGCCAUCUCUCUGGCUGGUCACUUUCGUCUAAACAACCUCACAGUCAUCUAUGAUAAUAAUCAGAUCACUUGCGAUGGAUCCGUUGAUCUCACUAACACCGAGGAUAUCAACGCCAAGAUGCGCGCCAGCGGUUGGGAUGUGAUUGAUGUUGAGGAUGGCUGUUAUGAUAUCGAGGGAAUUGUUCGUGCCCUAGAGCUGGCUCGUAGCUCACAGGAAAAGCCUACAUUCAUCAACGUCAAAACUAUUAUCGGUCUCGACAGUCAUGUUGCUGGAACUGCUACUGCGCACGGUGCAGCCUUUGGCGUGAACAGCGUUGCCGAUAUGAAGAAACUCUAUGGAUUUAAUCCAGAAGAGCAUUUCGUCAUUGGAGAUAUUGUCCGUCAAUUUUUCCAGGAUCUGCCCGGUCGUGGUGAGCAAUGGGCGGAGGAAUGGAAGCAGCUGGUUGCCGACUACGGUGUACAGUACCCAGAGCUUGCGGCUGAAUUCCAGGCUCGUGUGCGCGGCGAGCUACCAAGCAACUGGCAGGAGCAUAUCCCCACUACCUUCCCCGAGAAGCCAACGGCCUCCCGUGCAUCAUCUGGGCUGGUCUUUAAUCCCAUUGCGAAGGAAGUUAACUCAUUCAUGGUCGGAACUGCUGAUUUGUCCCCAUCCGUGAACAUGAUUUGGUCCGGCAAGGUUGAUUUCCAACAUCCCGAUCUCCGCACCACCUGUGGAAUCAACGGAAACUACUCAGGCCGUUAUAUCCACUAUGGAAUCCGUGAACAUGCCAUGUGUGCCAUCUCUAACGGCCUGGCAGCCUACUCCCCAAACACCAUCGUCCCCGUCACAUCUUCAUUCUUCAUGUUCUACUUAUACGCCGCGCCAGCCGUCCGCAUGGGUGCUCUACAACAUCUCCAAGGAAUCCAUGUAGCUACCCACGAUUCCAUCGGUAUGGGCGAGGAUGGCCCCACCCAUCAGCCCAUUGAGCUUGCUGCUUUAUACCGUGCCAUGCCCAACAUUCUCUAUAUCCGCCCCUGCGACAGCGAGGAGGUAGCUGGUGCCUGGAUCGCUGCCAUUAACGCGAAGAAGACUCCCUCGAUCAUCUCCACCUCUCGUCACACAUUGCCCCAGCUCUCCCAGACCCGCCGUGAUGCCGUUGCACGCGGUGCUUACGUGCUCCAGGAAGAGGAAUCAGCCACCAUCACAAUCAUUGGUGUCGGAGCUGAGCUUUCCUUUGCACUUGAGGUUGCAGCGCAGUUGAAGACUCAGAAGGGAAUGACAGCACGUGUGGUUAGCUUCCCUUGCCAACGUCUCUUCGAACAGCAGUCCUUGGAAUAUAAGCGGGAUACUCUUCGUCGUCACCGUGGUAUUCCUGCUGUUGUCAUUGAGCCUUAUGCUCCAAAUGGCUGGGAGCGAUAUGCUGAUGCUGGUAUUAAUGUCAAGCGCUUUGGUCAUAGUCUGCCGGGCAAGGCGGCGUAUAAGUUCUUUGGAUAUGAGAUUGAUACAUUGACGACGAAGGUGGUUGGCUACCUUGAUCAGCUGAAGGGAGAUGAGUAUCUGCGCAAUGAGUUUGUUGAGCUGUGA